UAAAACCUCGUGACACCUUCCAUAGAGUCAAACGACAACAUGGAGUCUGAUCAAUCUGCGACACCUUCCUCAAGAGACGGUUCGACGAAUAACAUUCAUCUUGGCCUUACGGACCCGAAAACCACAGCACCUACCCCAAUUGGCAAGAUAAAGACAUUUGCUCGCCUUGAUCGAAAAGAACGGUUCUUUCUGCUUGUGUCGACUAUCAACAUCUUGGUGGCGGUUGGACUGACCAUCUACAGUCUGGUAGUGGUCCUCAAAACUGACCCGGAGUCAUCAGAUUUCACCUUCACUAUACUUCUACUUAUCAAUGCUGGUUUCUGCAUCUUCUACGUCGUCCAUGGUUUGUUUCGUGAGCGUGUCUACGAGAUAUACGCACUGAUGGCGGCCAUGUUUGUUGUCACCAUGUACUGUGUGUUGGAGUUUGGUGUUAAUGAAGAAGGGAGAACAACCAUCAAACUGGUCCGUAUGAUCUUAGCAAUCGUCUUCACCCCGCCAAACUAUGCACUGGGCUACUUUGUUGCAAAGGCUUUUGGAUAUGUGAGGUUUGAAACAGUUGCAGCUUCAGCACACCUAAAUCAGCUCUACAGACAGGCAGACAUAUUUUCCUGUCUUUUAAAGUUUGACUGUCAGGCGUCGAUAUCCUUUAUGAUCCUGGUAUUGAAGAAUGGUACCGACAUCACGGUGCUGGAACAGGUCAAUCUGGGCCUGGGGAUACCAUACACACUGGUGUGGUCAGUACUUGGCUGGUUUGUGCUUCGCAGAGAACUGAAGAGGUGGACCUGGGUGCUUGCUGGGGCCGGUGUUGCCAAGCCUGCUUACUACGUGUAUAAACUUAUUAAAAUGUACGCACACUUGACGGAUGACACUGAUUCUUACAGCAUCACCAUCGUGUGGUCCCGCCUUGCUGCAGGAGCUAUUGCCCUGAUUUCCUGGUUCAUCCUGAUAGCUCAUCUCGACAUUGUACAACGAAACUUUGGAAAAGGACUCAAAGAAAAGAUAUCAAAAAAAUGAUGAUUCAGAACGUCUACAUGUACUUGUUGACAGGACGAAGGUCAAGUUGGCAAUGAUUCAAGUUUAACAAAUUCCACGAAUCCAGUUCCCAUGGCAAUAUAUUACAAGCUUUAUAAAAACAAGCAGGUGUGUGAUGUAGAUGAUGGUGCCCAUGUUGCAAGUGGCCGCUACUUAGUUUGCAAGCCUCCUGCUAUCCUGUUAUUUUAUUAUUGUGUAAGAAUGAUCUUGAAAUAUAUCGUUUCAUAAAUACUGUCGUGAUAUGCUACGUGUCUGUGAAUUUCAUUUGUGACCAACCAUGCGAUAAGGGACCUUAUGGGUGAAAAAACUCAUUUGGACUUUUCUUUUAAAACUAUAGCAUUUUCUGAAGACAAGUGUACAAUUCACACGCUUCAAUUAAUAUAUAUUACAGAGAUACAUGACAUCACACAUGGCGAUCUUCACUGAAGUAAGUUGACGUCAAACGUCUCAUGACAUCAUAUUAAUGUAGCACAAUUGUAUCCAAGCACCCCUAAGGUCCCAUAUCUCCUGCAGUGUCACAUUUUAUAAUCUUGUUUGUUCAUGUUUCUUAAGCUAUGUACAAUUACUGUGUUUUGCUUGAUCGACAUGCGGUUAUUCAUUUAUGUUUUGUGUACAAUGUUAAAGAUUUCGCAAAAGAACUUUUGUCAUUCCUGUUUUUUCUGAUACAUUUUAACAACCAUACAUGUACAAAAUAACAAUGUUCUGCAGAUACUAUUUUAAUAUAUGUCAUCAAAUGUUGUUUUAUGAAUACGAGAAUGUCCAAAUAUGUAACUGUUUCUUAGUUUCCGUGGCUUUCAUUGAGUAUCAAAGUAUUGAUACUUCAUGAAGCAACACGAUCCAACCACUCAGAUAUCACUAUUAUGUAUCGAAACCCUGUGAAGAUCUGGGUCAGAAUUGAUCUUCAGCAGCCGCUGUCUGUCCCCUGUGAAGAUCUGGGAAAGAAUUGGUAUUCAUAACCCAUGCUUGUAAAAGGCGACCAACAGGAUCGGGUGGUCAGGCUCGCUGAUACUGUUGAAGCUUGUCAGGGUAUCUCAAUUGUGUAGAUCGAUGUUCAAGAUGUAAGUCACUUGAUUGUUUGGUACAGACUCGAUUAUCUACAGACCGCCGUCAUACGUCUGGCAUAUUUCUGUAGUGUGGUGUAGAACAACAAAGAAACAAACAUGUCUUGAAACUAAACUAUUGAAUUGCUUUCAUUUAAAUACUACCUUUUUGUCAACAUGGGUACUAUGCUAACUAAGAAUUAAAAAGAGCCUGGAUCAAUAGAUAAUCCUUUUAACCAGAAACAACAUUCACAAAACUUAUGACAUGUUGUCUGGAAUACCUGUCUCAUGACAAUCAGUGUAAGGGCAAUGAGACUCAAUAAGAUGAUGUAGGUAGUAGAUGAUGUAGUCAGUAGAUGGUGUAGGUAGUAGAUGAUGAAGGCAGUAGAUGAUGCGCUAAGCUGCUCAAUAAUCAGGUAUUGUAACCAUAAUCCACUACCAACGACCCCUGAUUGGGAUCGAUAAGUCCAUGAACGUCAUGUGUGUUGGCAUAGCUAGUACAUAGCAUACUAGACGAAUCUGUGUUAGGAUGGCAGGUAUAUAGCAUACUAGAAGAGUCUGUAUAGCUAGUACAUAGCAUACUAGAAGAAUCUGUGUUGGUAUGGCAGGUAUAUAGCAUGCUGGAAGAAUCUGUGUUAGGAUGGCAGGUAUAUGGCAUAAUAGAAGAGUCUGUAUUGGCAUAGCUAGUACAUAGCAUACUAGAAGAAUCUGUGUUGGCAUGGCAGGUAUAUAGCAUGCUGGAAGAAUCUGUGUUAGGAUGGCAGGUAUAUAGCAUACUAGAAGAGUCUGUAUUGGCAUGGCAGGUAUAUAGCAUAAUAGAAGAAUAUGUGUUGGCAUGGCAGGUAUAUAGCAUACUAGAAGAGUCUGUGUUAGGAUGACAGGUAUAUAGCAUACUAGAAGAGUCUGUGUUAGGAUGGCAGGUAUAUGGCAUACUAGAAGAGUCUGUAUUGGCAUGGCAGGUAUAUAGCAUACUUGAAGAGUCUGUAUUGGCAUGGCAGGUAUAUAGCAUACUAGAAGAGUCUAUGUUGUAUGACAGGUAUAUCGCAUACUAGAAGAGUCUGUAUUGGCAUGGCAGGUAUAUAGCAUACUAGAAGAGUCUAUGUUGUAUGACAGGUAUAUCGCAUACUAGAAGAGUCUGUAUUGGCAUGGCAGGUAUAUAGCAUACUAGAAGAGUCUAUGUUGUAUGACAGGUAUAUCGCAUGCUAAAAGAGUCUGUAUUGGCAUGGCAGGUAUAUAGCAUACUAGAAGAAUCUGUGUUAGGAUGACAGGUAUAUAGCAUACUAGAAGAAUAUGUGUUGGCAUGGCAGGUAUAUAGCAUACUAGAACAAUCUGUGUUAGGAUGACAGGUAUAUAGCAUACUAGAAGAGUCUGUAUUGGCAUGGCAGGUAUAUAGCAUACUUGAAGAGUCUGUGUUAGGAUGACAGGUAUAUGGCAUACUAGAAGAGUCUGUAUUGGCAUUGCAGGUAUAUAGCAUACUAGAAGAAUCUGUGUUAGGAUGACAGGUAUAUGGCAUACUAGAAGAGUCUGUAUUGGCAUGGCAGGUAUAUAGCAUACUUGAAGAGUCUGUAUUGGCAUGGCAGGUAUAUAGCAUACUAGAAGAGUCUAUGUUGUAUGACAGGUAUAUCGCAUACUAGAAGAGUCUGUAUUGGCAUGGCAGGUAUAUAGCAUACUAGAAGAGUCUAUGUUGUAUGACAGGUAUAUCGCAUACUAGAAGAGUCUGUAUUGGCAUGGCAGGUAUAUAGCAUACUAGAAGAGUCUAUGUUGUAUGACAGGUAUAUCGCAUACUAGAAGAGUCUGUAUUGGCAUGGCAGGUAUAUAGCAUACUAGAAGAGUCUAUGUUGUAUGACAGGUAUAUCGCAUACUAGAAGAGUCUGUAUUGGCAUGGCAGGUAUAUAGCAUACUAGAAGAGUCUAUGUUGUAUGACAGGUAUAUCGCAUACUAGAAGAGUCUGUAUUGGCAUGGCAGGUAUAUAGCAUACUAGAAGAGUCUAUGUUAGGAUGACAGGUAUAUAGCAUACUAGAAGAAUAUGUGUUGGCAUGGCAGGUAUAUAGCAUACUAGAAGAAUCUGUGUUAGGAUGACAGGUAUAUAGCAUACUAGAAGAGUCUGUGUUAGGAUGGCAGGUAUAUAGCAUACUAGAAGAGUCCAUGUUGGCAUGGCAGGUAUAUAGCAUACUAGAAGCGUCUGUGUUAGGAUCACAGGUAUAUAGCAUACUAGAAGAGUCUGUAUUGGCAUGGCAGGUAUAUAGCAUACUAGAAGAGUCUGUGUUAGGAUGGCAGGUAUUAGCAUACUAGAAGAGUCUGUAUUGGCAUUGCAGGCAUAUAGCAUGCUGGAAGAGUCUGUGUUAGGAUGGCAGGUAUAUAGCAUACUAGAAGAGUCUGUAUUGACAUUGCAGGUAUAUAGCAUACUAGAAGAGUCUGUGUUAGGAUGGCAGGUAUAUGGCAUACUAGAAGAGUCUGUAUUGGCAUUGCAGGUAUAUAGCAUACUAGAAGAGUCUAUGUUGUAUGACAGGUAUAUCGCAUACUGGAAGAGUCUGUAUUGGCAUGGCAGGUAUAUAGCAUACUAGAAGAGUCUGUGUUAGGAUGGCAGGUAUAUGGCAUACUAGAAGAGUCUGUAUUGGCAUUGCAGGUAUAUAGCAUACUAGAAGAGUCUGUGUUAGGAUGGCAGGUAUAUGGCAUACUAGAAGAGUCUGUAUUGGCAUGGCAGGUAUAUAGCAUACUAGAAGAAUCUGUGUUAGGAUGACAGGUAUAUAGCAUACUAGAAGAGUCUGUGUUAGGAUGGCAGGUAUAAAGCAUACCAGAAGAGUCCAUGUUGGCUUGGCAGGUAUAUAGCAUACUAGAAGAAUCUGUGUUAGGAUGACAGGUAUAUAGCAUACUAGAAGAGUCUGUGUUAGGAUGGCAGGUAUAUAGCAUACUAGAAGAGUCCAUGUUGGCAUGGCAGGUAUAUAGCAUACUAGAAGAAUCUGUGUUAGGAUGGCAGGUAUAUAGCAUACUAGAAGCGUCUGUGUUAGGAUCACAGGUAUAUAGCAUACUAGAAGAGUCUGUGUUAGGAUGGCAGGUAUAUGGCAUACUAGAAGAGUCUGUAUUGGCAUUGCAGGUAUAUAGCAUGCUGGAAGAGUCUGUAUUGGCAUGGCAGGUAUAUAGCAUACUAGAAGAGUCUGUGUUAGGAUGGCAGGUAUAUGGCAUACUAGAAGAGUCUGUAUUGGCAUUGCAGGUAUAUAGCAUGCCGGAAGAGUCUGCGUUGGCAUGACAGGUAUAUAGCAUAGCGUAUCCCCCUUUAAGGGUCUUGUGUCGUGCUGUGUAAAUAUGAAACAACAUACAUCAACAUAUUUCAGUAUGGUGAUAAAUGUCAAAAGUUUAUUUCAAACAUUCAACAGUGUUUAUCUGGCAAGAUAUGACAUCUUUUAAUAAUUCACAAAAUGGUUUUGUAAUGUUAAUUUGUAUAGAAUUAUGUAUAUUGUAUUUUUCAAAGUGUGUGUGUACAUGUAUUAGUUAAAGCUAGAACUUCAAAAUGGUGCGUUGUCAAGUCAUGAAACUAAACAAGACAUGUUAAAGCAAAGGUAUCAAUUAAAUGCUGUCAAUGUCCAUCUGGGGAUGCUUGCCUUCACUGGAAUGGAAAAGUUUUAUCAACAAUGUUGUGAAUGUCAUUGUUGCAAAAUGAAUUGUAAUUGCUUGUGCAAAAUUUCAAUUAUGAUAGGUUUCUAUUAUGAAAUAAAGUAUUACUUUUAAA